AUGCAGAACACUGACAACACCAAGCUCAAGUCCCAGUGGCCUCUGGCUUUGGACUUGGCUGGCGGCAAUACUCCAUGCCGGAUUGAGGGAGAAGCUGCUGAUCUCGUUGUUCUCGGUAUUAUUCCCUCGGCCAUCGAUGGCACAUUUUAUCGAAAUAUGUGCGAUCCCUUUGUACCCCCCGACCCCAACAAUGUUCCCAUCGAUGGCGAUGGAAGCAUUUCGGCGUUUCGUUUCCACAAUGGCCGUGUCGAUAUGAAGUUGAAAUACGUUGAGACAGAACGCUACAAACUUGAGCGAAAGGCCAAAAAGGCCCUCUUUGGACUUUACCGCAAUCCUUUCACGCAUCACCCAUGUGUCAGAGCUGCUGUCGAUUCUACUGCGAAUACAAAUCUUGUCUAUUGGGCGGGCCAUCUUCUCGCCUUGAAAGAAGUUGGACUCCCUUAUGCUGUCGAUCCCGAUACACUCGAAACUCGGUGCUACGACCCUUUUCAGGGACAGAUCAACGCCAAGACGUUUACUGCCCACCCAAAAGUCGACCCAUAUACGAAUGAACUGGUCGUGUUUGGGUACGAAGCCAAGGGCCUUGCAACCAAAGAUAUUGUCAUCUAUUCCAUCGACAAAGACGGGAAGACGCAUGAUGAGCAAUGGAUCGAGUCGCCGUGGUGCGCUUUCAUUCACGACUGUGUCAUCACGCCCAACUGGAUUGUCCUCGUUCUCUGGCCAUUUGAGGCGAACAUGGCACGCAUGAAAGCCAAAAAGCAACAUUGGGCGUGGGACUACAACCUUCCAGCUACUUUUAUCGUCGUGCCUCGGCGAAAGACGACCCGUCUUCCUUCUGGCUGGAAGCAGGGAGAGCACAGGGUCUAUUCGUGGGAGAACUGCAUGCUGGCUCACACCGGAGGUGCAUGGGAGGGCCAGAACGGCAAACUCUACUUUGAAACCUCGCGUGUGCACGACAAUGCCUUCCCCUUCUUCCCUUCGGAGGAUGGGAGGAUGCCUGCCCCGGAUGCAAAGGCCGAUUUUGUCCAGUGGGAGAUUGACCUGGACCAGCCAAGCGGCAGCAAAGUGAAAGACCCGACAAUCAUUCUCGAUGUGCCGUCGGAGUUCCCACGUGUUGACGAGCGUUUCAUGACAAAGGAAGCCGAUUUUGUGUUUCUCAACGUCUUCAUCCCCGACAAAUCAGACGGCGGCAAGAACAUUUACCAGGGCCUGAAUGGUAUAGCUAUGCACAGCCACAAAACAGGAAAAACACGCUGGUACUAUGUCGGCGACAACUCGCUUGUACAGGAGCCCAUUUUUAUCCCUCGUUCUGUCGACGCGCCAGAGGGCGAUGGCUGGGUUAUUGCCAUGGUGGAGAGACGUGCCGCCAACCGUAGUGACUUGGUUGUGCUUGACACGCAGGACUUUGAGACACCUGUUGCCAUUGUGCAACUUCCCCUGCAUGUCAAGGCGCAGAUACAUGGAAAUUGGGUCGAGGCAGCCACUCUCCCAGAACGAAAAAGUCUGGUUCGAGAGAUGCCGGAGGUAGCCAUCAGCAACAAGGGGGCGUUAGAACCUUUUUAA